AUGGAGGCAAUACAGAGCAGACUGGAGACAUGGAUCAGAGAUCAGAAAGCCAAGAUGCUGAAGGUGUCAUGGGGCCCACUCCAGUGGAGAAUGAGGUGGCCGCCUUGGAACGGUAACGACAGAGAACAGAGGAAGAGGAUUCAGGAAGAGUACGAGAGACGAAAGAAGCAACUUCAAGAUCUUUGCCGAGCCUUUAAGGCCGAGUCUGUGACUGAUCUUCAGGACAUUUUUUGUUGCAUGGUGCUCGCUGAGUGCGUUUACAAGAGACCUGCUGCAGAGGUGGUCCGUGCUGUAAACAAGUUUAAGGCUGACUUUGGAGGGCAAAUUGUUUCUUUGGAGCGUGUGCAACCUUCUUCUGAUCAUGUUCCUCACAGGUACCUACUAGCUGAAGCAGGUGACACAUUGUUUGCUUCCUUUAUUGGAACAAAGCAGUACAAGGAUGUUAUGACCGAUGCAAAUAUACUGCAAGGAGCUAUAUUUCAUGAGGAUGCUGCUGAGGAUAUUGACAGAACUGAGGUAGUUGAGACUAAAAAGGUUGAAGGACAGAAAGGAAAUGGAGAAAAUCAGUGGAAGCCCCUGGAAUCAAAACCAAGGCAACUGAAUGAUAAACCUAAACCUGCUGCGCAUCGUGGUUUCAUGGCUCGUGCUAAAGGCGUACCUGCUUUAGAGUUGUACAGGCUUGCUCAGAAAAAGAAGCGAAAGCUUGUAUUAUGUGGACACUCAUUAGGUGGAGCAGUAGCUGCAUUAGCUACACUUGCCAUAUUGAGGGUUGUUGCUGCAUCCUCGUCAUCAAAAGAAAAUGACAAAGUUCAGGUCAAAUGUAUAACAUUCUCGCAGCCUGCAGUUGGGAAUGCGGCUUUAAGAGAUUAUGUUAAUAGAAAAGGAUGGCAGCAUUAUUUCAAGAGUUACUGCAUUCCUGAGGAUUUAGUGCCUCGUAUCCUGUCACCUGCUUAUUUUCAUCAUUACAAUGUUCAGCCUUUGCAAGUGGCUGCUGAAGUUGAGAGUAAUAGUUUGUCAAGGUCAAAACAUGAAGAAGGGGUAGAGAGAUCAAGAGCAGAGAAGCUGAAAGAAAAUGAAGGGGAGCAGUUAGUUCUGGGUUUAGGCCCUGUGCAGAGAUCCUUUUGGAGACUUUCAAGGCUUGUUCCUUUAGCGGGUAUAAGAAGUCAAUUCUAUAAGUACAGAGGAAAACAGGGUGGUCCUCUAGAAGCAUCUUCUGUGACUGAUUCUGCUGUGGCAUCUUCAAUUGAAGAAGUAACAGAUGAGCCAGAGUCUCUUGAAAUCCAAGAGGGUUCUGAUGGUGUCUCUCUUAAACCGCUUUCUGACACUAACAAUGGAUUGUCAGAUGUAGCAUCAACCAGCAAAUUAGCAGAGAAAAGCAAUACUUAUGAUGGGGAUGGAAGGAAAUGGCGAACGGUGCCUUCUUUACCUUCAUAUGUACCAUUUGGGCAGCUUUAUCUCUUGGAGAAUUCAACUGUGGAAUCACUAUCAGGUGCAGAGUAUUCGAAGUUAACAUCGGUCAGAUCUGUGAUUGCUGAACUGAGGGAACGAUUUCAAUCACAUUCAAUGAGGUCAUAUCGGUCUCGAUUUCAGAGAAUCUAUGACCUGUGCAUGAGUGAUGAUGCUGGGUUUUUCUCAGGAAUGGAGCAUUUACAGCAGUUUCCACAUUUACAACAAUGGCUUGGCCUCGCAAUAGCAGGUACUGUGGAGCUUGGACAUAUUGUUGAGUCCCCAGUUAUUCGAACAGCUACUUCAGUUGUUCCUCUCGGAUGGAGUGGUAUUCCUGGUGAGAAGAAUUCAGAGCCUUUAAAGGUUGAUAUAACUGGUUUCAGGUUGCAUUUGUGUAAUCUGGUUCAUGCUCAAGUAAAUGGUAACUGGUGUUCAACUACUGUGGAAUCAUUUCCUUCAACCCCAACAUAUUCAUACAAUAUCGGAUUAGAACCAGAGUUGCAAAAAAUACGAGUCUUAGUUGGAGCUCCAUUGAGACGACCUCCAAAGCAUCAGAUGGUGGCAGACUCUUUAAUGUCUGUGUUUCCUUCUAUUGAUUCAGAAACUGUUAACCAUAAUAGGGAACAUAGAUCAGGGUCAUGUCAUAUCGAAAAAUCGAUCUGUCCUGAGGGUUUGAGUGACUUUUUUAUAUUCUGCACUAGUGAUUUUGCCACUGUCUCCAAGGAGGUUCAUGUGAGAACUCGUAGGGUGCGACUACUUGGCCUUGAGGGUGCUGGUAAAACGUCCCUUUUAAAGGCAAUCCUGAGUAAAGGCAAAUUAACCACUAUUCCCAAUAGUGAAAAUUUGCUUGUGGAAGCUGAUGUUCAAGAAGGUAUUGCUGGUGGUUUAUGCUACUCUGAGUCAGCUGGCGUAAAUUUGCAGGAGUUGACCAUGGAGGCUGUCCGUUUCAGGGAUGAACUAUGGAUGGGAAUUCGGGACCUCAGUAGAAAGACAGAUUUGAUUGUUCUUGUGCAUAAUCUAUCUCAUAAGAUACCUAGAUACAAUCAACCGAAUGCAUCACAGCAGCAGCCAGCGCUUUCACUUCUGUUAGAUGAGGCUAAAGCCCUUGGAAUCCCAUGGGUCCUUGCCAUUACCAAUAAAUUUUCUGUCAGUGCCCACCAGCAAAGAACAGUGAUUGACGCAGUUGUGCAGGCAUAUCAAGCGUCUCCAAGCACCACAGAAGUUAUCAAUUCUUGUCCAUAUGUUAUGCCUGGUGCUGCAAGUGCUUCUUUGUCUUGGAAUGAAACUGGUGGAGAUUCAGAUGGGAGGAUGGGUGCUCAGAAGCUUCUUUUUGCUCCAAUUAAUUUAGUCCGGAAGCCUUUCCAGAGGAAAGACACUAUUUUCCCUGUGGAGGGUAUAAAUUCUCUUUGUCAGCUUGUCCACCGAGCGCUUAGGAGUCAUGAGGAGGUCUCCUUACAGGAACUUGCUAGAGAUAGGCUGUUGGUCGAGUUGGAAAGAGAACGUGCUUUGGCAAUAGAGGCAAAUUCAAAAGCCAAGGAAUUCUCUUUAACGGCAGCUGCUGUGGGUGCUUCUCUUGGGGCUGGUCUAGGCAUUGUCUUGGCUGUUGUCAUGGGUGCAGCAUCUGCUUUGAGGAAGCCCUGAGAAUUCACUUUUUGGGGUCAUAUUCGAAACCUACUUAUCUUCUCGAUGUGGGGUCAGACUUUAGGGUUACCCUGCUUCAACUAUUUCUGUUUACAUUUAUUUAUGUCCCUGAAUUGUUUUAGGUACCAUCCACAGAUCUCAGGCCAUUUAUUAAUUCCAUUCAUGUAAAUUUAUUAAAAUCUUGUGUAGAGAGACAUGUAACAUCACGUAUAGAGAAUUAAGUUGAUUUGUUCCAAAUAGAGUGCUCCAGUCUAGUGAUGGAUACGGCACAAAUUGGAAA